UUUAUUUUUUUUACAUUUUAAGUUAAAAUGAAACAAAUUAAAAUGGGAGCAGCAGCCUAGCCUAAUCUAUCACAAUGCUUAGCUAAUCAAAUCGUCCUAAUGCUACGUGGGAUCUGAAACAAGCAUCCACCUCCUUUCUUCCACCUCUAUAUUCUCAGUUUUUCACCAUCUGUUUCUCUUCACCCUCAAAUACAUAGCCACCAAACUAAAAUCAGAGAAAAAUUCAGUACUUGUCAAUUUCAUCAUAAACCAUAAUAUGUCUUCUAGCGAUCAAGCAGCAGGGGCAAUGCCCCCAGGCGACGGCUCUGUUCCUCCUGGAAAAUCAAUGUCAAUUGGGCAACAUGUUAUAGACAAAAGCGCUCAAUUGAUGCAGUCCUUGAAACCCAUCAAGCAAAUGAGCCAACAUGUCUGCACUUUCGCUAUGUACAGUCAUGACAUCACUCGACAGAUCGAGACGCACCACUAUGUCACUCGACUCAAUCAGGAUUUCCUCCAGUGUCCUGUUUAUGAUUCUGAUGAUUCUAAAGGACGCCUUAUUGUGAAUAUUUGUGAUAGUGCAGGAAUAGAAUAUAUAAUAUCAGAUCGAGUCUUUGAAACUCUUCCAGCAGAGGAACAGAGGCUCUGGCACAGUCAUGAGUACGAGAUUAUAGCAGGACUUUGGGUGAACCCAAGAGUUCCAGAGAUGGUCCAAAAGCAAGAACUUAAGAAUCUUGCUCCAACUUAUGGCAAGUUUUGGUGCACCUGGCAAGUUGAUCGAGGUGAUAGGCUCCCACUUGGAGCACCUGCUUUGAUGAUGUCUCCACAAGGGGUAAAUUUGGGCAUGGUGGCACCAGAGGUAGUGAAGAAGAGGGACGAAAGAUAUGGUAUUUCUUCAAAGGAUUUGGAAAAGACAAGGGUGGAUAUUGCAGGGCCAGAGACGACCAUGAAUCCUUAUGCAAACUACUGGAUGCAAACUGGCAAAGGCUUUGCUAUUGAUGUGGAGCUCACUGAAAUGAAAAAGACUGCACCUUUUCCAUGAGAAAUCAGAAAUGUAAUCAAUUAGUAGUCUCUCUCUUUCUAUAUAUAUGCAUCGAUUAUUAGUACGAGUAUACUA